CAACAUCACUCUCUUUCAGCGCGAUGUCGGAAAACGCGCCUCUUCUGCCAGCCACCGCUCCGCCCGCCGAGCGCCGUCGUGCGCGGGGGUCAAUCACUCUCCUUGUACCGGUCGUGCUCGUUCUCGCGACGCUCGGCGUUCUCAUUUUCGGCAAACGCGAGCCAUCUGAUCCGCUUAGCCUGGCGCGAUACUGGCUAGACCACACUCCCAUCAUCGAUGGACACAUCGACCUCCCCAUAUACGUGCGCGAGAUGUACGGGAACGACGUGACCAAGUUUGACCUGCGCAAGAAGAUGUCCGGACAUGUAGACAUCCCGCGCAUUCGCGAGGGUCGGCUCGGCGGGUUCUUCUGGAGCGUCUAUGCCGACUGCCACGAGAAAAUUGACGGGCCCGACUUCCUUAACCCCUCCCAUCACGUCCGGGACACGCUCGAACAGAUUGACGUCGCACGCAACCUUAUGGACCGGUACGCGGGCACAUUCGAGUUUGUGACCACCGCUCAGGGCGCGCGUGACGCGAUGGCGCGUGGGCGCGUUGCGAGCUUCAUGGGUAUUGAGGGAGCGCAUCAGCUGGGGAACUCUCUGGGUGUGCUUCGCCAGUACUACAACCUCGGCGUGCGCUACGCGACUCUCACCCACAGCUGCAACAACGCGUUCGCCGACUCCGGUGGUUACGUGCAGCCGAACGCGACUUGGGGUGGCCUUUCGCCCUUCGGCUAUGAGCUCGUCAAGGAGAUGAACCGGCUGGGCAUGCUCAUUGACCUGUCGCAUGUUUCGGACGACACAGCUCGCCAGGCUAUCAAGGCGUCCAAGGCCCCGAUCAUGCUCAGCCACAGCGCUGCGCGUCACUUCAACAACUUCUCUCGUAACGUGCCGGACGACGUGCUAGGGAUGAUCGGCCGUGGCAAGGGGCAGACGGACGGAGUGGUCAUGGUCAACUUUUUCCCUUUCUUCGCCAGCAAGGAUCCUGACUCUGUCGACGCCGCAUCCAUCGCCGACCAGAUUGACUACAUUGCCUCUAAGACUGGCCACCAUCACGUGGGCAUCGGCAGUGACUUUGAUGGGAUUGAUCGCGUACCGAAGGGCCUCGAGGAUGUAUCAAAGUAUCCUCAUCUCAUUGCCGAGCUUAUCCGCCGGGGCUGGACGCGGUACCAGGUAGCGCAACUCGCGGGCGGCAACAUCCUGCGUGUCCUCGAGGGAGCUGAGGCUGUUGCGGCGCGACUGCAGCGAGUCAACGGACCUAGCAUGGCCAAGUACAGCAAGCGACACGACCUCGAUGGCGGAUGGGGCGGAUUUGAGCUUUAGAGCUAUAAUGAAUAGGCGGAAUAGAUGUGGAGCGAUUAUUGGAAGAGAUGUCAAAAGAUAGGGUGGC